UGCCGUCCCGUGUAAUCGAGAAAAUAUGUAAAAGCGUACGCUGGAAAUUAAGAAAUAAUUACAACCGGAUUCAUAAUGCACUUGUUGUAGCCGUAAUUGCAACACACACAUUAUCCAUCACCUAAAUAAGUAGCCGAAAUGCCCGACACGGACACAAAUUUUGAUGCAGAGCGCAUCUGUCGCGUUUGCUUGAGAGCAGCGGAUGUGGAUUUUUAUUUUAUAUACGAUGAGACCCCUGUGGAGCUGGGCGCCAACAUAGCCCAGAUACUAAACGAAUGUACGCGCUACACCUGCGAACGGUACGACAAAAUGCCACACCAUAUGUGCGAUACCUGCAUCAAAGCCGCACGCCAGGCGUUUCGCUUUAAACGAGAUGCCGAGCAGGCAUAUCGCUCCCUGGUUGCCACACUGGGUCGCACGCCUCUCAUCAAGCCCAAUAGCAGCGAUGUUUGCACCCAGACGGAACAGCUGCCAAUGCUGUCCUGCGGCAUGUGCGAUGACAAGUUCCUCAACAUAUACGAGCUCCGACUGCAUCGGCAACGGCAGCACAAAGAGGCACAACACUUGAAAUGUGAGCAUUGUGAGGCGGAAUUCCAGUCUGUACGACAUCUGCGCAGUCAUUUGCAGUCUCAGCAUGAUCAAGCGUCCAGCUGCCGCAUGUGCCAACGUGUCUUCUCCAGGCGAGAUCACUUGAUGCGUCACUUACGCACUGUGCACAAGAUAGACAAUCCACGCCGGUCGUUAACUGAAGAGCAGCAAGGUAGUACAAGUUGGCCACCAGUGGACGAGGCGAGCAUGCAAUGUGAUGAUGAGAUGGUGUUGCUGAAUGAUACUGGCUGCUCCGAUGAUAAUAUUGAGGAUGGCUACGAGUGCCACACAAAUCCCAUAUCAAGUAAUGAAGAAGGCGAUGAGGACGACGAAGCCGAUGCCGAGGCUAAAGCAAACCUAUGGCUGCACAUCAAGCCGGAGCCAGAACUGGAGCUGGAGCGAGAUCGUGAACAGGAAGACAAACGUCGCAAGAGCACAAAAACAGAGCAAGAGCUGGAGUCGCCUAAAAAUGUCAACAGCAUGUUAAGCGCUGUGGAGGUCAAAGAGGAACCAGUAAGCAGCAGUGCGGAGCAGUUGCCGAUUAAGCAAGAGCUGCACCUGAUGCAGCAUCGGCUUGACAACGCAUCAGAUCUGGAGGAAGACGAUGAGGAUCUGGAAGUAGAGGACGAAGAGGAUUAUCAUUUGAUGCACAGCACAGAUGGCGAGCUAGACGAAAGCGAUUUGGAUGAUACGCAAUGCGCACAAGCCAAGCUCCAACAAAAGUCCACAGCGGACAGCUCUGGCAAGCAGCAGAGACAAAAACGUCGACGUCGAAGCAAACGCAACAGCAACAGUAACAACAACAGCUCACCCAAUCCAGAAAAUCGCUGCGAUGUCUGCCAGCGCACAUUCUCACGCCACUGCCAUUUGCUGCGUCACAAGCUGUCGCAUCUAGAGCAAAAGCCUCAUAGUUGUCCGCACUGUCCCAAGGCUUUUGCGCGUAGCGACCAUCUGAAGGCGCAUAUGACAAGUCUACAUGGCAACAAGGAGCACAAAUGCCAGAUUUGCGAGGCAGCAUUUUCGCGUGUCGACGCGCUGGAGCGCCAUAAGCUAAGCAAACACAAUGGCGAAGGCUUGGAUGCCAACAGUGAGCUCAAGCUGCAGUUGAGCGAACACACCUGCGAAUAUUGCGCCAAGCGAUUCAGCAGCAAGACUUAUCUACGCAAGCAUACGCUCAUACAUACAGAGUUUCUCUAUGCCUGCAAGAGCUGUGAUGAGACCUUCAAGGAGCGGCAACAGUUGCGCAACCAUGAAAAGACCCACACGGGUCAACGCAACUUUCUUUGCUGCAUUUGUGGUGAUAGCUUUGCGCGGAACGACUAUUUGCGCGUGCAUAUGCGUCGCCACAAUGGCGAGAAGCCCUACAAGUGCCGCUUUUGCAUCAAGGCGUUCCCACGUGCCACAGAUCUCAAGGUGCACGAACGCUAUCACACGGGGACGAAGCCCAAUUUGUGCAACACAUGCGGCAAGAGUUUCCAUCGUGCCUACAAUCUAACUAUCCAUAUGCGUACGCACACCGGCGAACGUCCCUACAAAUGCGAUCAAUGCCCCAAGAGCUUUAGCCAGAGCAACGAUCUCAAGGCGCACAUACGCCGGCACACAGGCGAACGCUACAAGUGUCCCCACUGCGAUGCCUACUUUUUGCAAUUGUAUCACAUGCGCAAUCAUUGCCUUAGCGCCCACAACAAGCACAUUGAGACCAAGACGGGGCGAUUGCAGCGCACUGGACUGCUGGAUGAGCACAAUCAGACGCAUCUUACCACGGUGGUUAUGCCGCCGCCUUCAGCGCCGGCUUCGUCAUCCACACGCUUGCAACAAGUCGCUGCAGCGCUACCGACGUCUUCCUCUAUUAUGGAGGCGCCCUACAACAGCACCACCAUUCCAUCACCUGUAUCCGCAGUAACGAUGCCGCAGUCUUCCAGCUAUGUGGAAACAGUGAGUGCAGCAGCAGCCACGCCCACAGCACCGUUUGCUGCUUUCAGCAUACCUCCUGCAGUUAUGGCCCAUCUCAUGUACAAUCAUGGCGGUAACAGCCAGCAGAGCAGUGCAAGCGACACCGGUGACGUCAGCAAAUAACCCGCAAUGAAGGUUAAGAACUUAAGUGCAGCUAAAACUAUUCCAGUCUAAAAUGCAAUCUUUAUAUAAUUUAUAAGAAGUUAAGUUAGAAAUCUCCUUUAAACUGUUUAACUAGAAAUAGGUUUAAAGCAAAGAAUAUAUAAUGUAUAUUCCACAUAAGCAUCCAUUUUGAAAUCUAUAAUCUAAGCCUACACAUAAGCUUACUAAGCUACAUGUAGCCAAGUAUUUAAUUUGAUUUCAACUUUUUAAUCAAAAUAAAAACGC